AUGUCUACCAACGGCGUAGCCCUGCCUAGCUUCCUCGGACGGGCUCAGGCGGUUUCUCUCCGACCUCUUUAUCGCAAUGAUUCAGCCGUCACCUAUCCAGGAGAGAAAAUCUCAUGGACAGCAUGUGGCAAUGCUACUGGCCACCUCUUGGAAUGCAGUACUAUGAAGGUGCCGAUGGAUCAAUUCAACCAUGAGAACUCCGGAAACAAGACAUUUGAUCUUUCUCUGAUUCGAGUUCGUGGCCACAAUACUACCUCUUGCUCGAAGAAUAUUCUGUACAACCCAGGCGGCCCCGGGGCGAGCGGCGUGGGCAGCUUCUAUGGCCUGGCUUCGGAGCUGAUAGCUGUCGUCGGAGAGAGCUUCAACAUCAUUGCUUUCGACCCUCGGGGUAUCAACGGCUCUACGCCGCUGGGAUCGUGUUAUGCUACGGAGAGCAUACGAAUGGGCAUGAGCAACAUCCCGCAGGACAAUCUCGUGACCGAUGCUCCUUACAUGGGCGGCUGGGCCCCUAACUUUGCCAAAUCGUGUGCCCAGACAUCCGGCGAGCACGGCAAGUACAUCAACACGCCUCAGGUUGCCGCCGACAUGAACAGCAUCUUGGACGCCAUUGGUCAAGAGGACAUGUACUUUUGGGGCCAGAGCUACGGCACCCUCAUCGGCCAGACCUACGCGGGCCUCUUCCCCAACCGCACGGCACGCAUGGUGAUUGAUGGCGUCGUCGACCAGUUCGAGUGGUACAACAGCACCCUGCCCUGGAAGGAUUAUCAGGACGGCAAGAGAGUGUUCUGGGGCUUCUUCGACGAAUGUGUCAAGGCUGGCGUGGACGCGUGCCCGUUGGCCGCGCUGGCAAAGAACCCCGAUGUGCUCAAUGGGAUGGUGGAGAAUUUUGGCACGAAGAUCAAGUACAACGAGAUGACGGUCUACAUCGACGAGAAAAACUUUGGCACUGUCAACUAUGCAUACAUGUGGUACAAUGUCAUCCUGCCUUCUCUCUACAAGAGCGUCGCCUGGCAGCCCCUGGGCAUUACCCUGAUCGACGCCAUGGUGGGCAAUGCUACGAUGGCAUUUGAGUUCUACGGGGGUGCGCAAUCGUACACCAAUACGGGAAUCACUCCCUGGGAGGCCAUUUACUUUUAUCGACUCAACGACGGAGCAUCGGGCAGCGAAUUCUGGCCACAGACCAAUGAGGAACUGAUCAAGACGCUCCAGCCUUUCUACGUCAUGAACCCCUUCAUGUACUCGGCCAACUCGUUCUACUGGGCCAAGGCUCACUGGGUGAUUCCCAAGACGCACAAUUACGUUCCGAAGGAAGGGGUCAAGACCAAGCAUCCGCUGCUAAUCAUGUCCAAUCAAUACGAUCCCGUCUGCUCGCUUGAUUCCGCCAAGACGGCGCUGACGGCCUUUGCGGAUGCGCGGCUGGUGACGCUGGACGCCUAUGGACACUGCACCUUUUACCAGGAUUCCGCGUGCGCCGACGGCUAUGUCAAGGAGUACUUUGUCAGCAGUGCCCUGCCUGCGCAAGAUGUGACUUGCAAGGUAGGGCCUGACCAGUACUUCCCGCCGCUCAAGCUGGACGGUGCUAAGGUGUACAAGCGGGGGGAGAAAACGGGCUUUCUCUAG